AUGCUUGCAAAUUUAGCCAUGGAAGCUGGAGAAUUAGAAAAAGCUGAGAAACUCUUUGUGAAUGUCAUGAGGAGACUGGUUUCAAAAGGUGUUGCUCAAGAUGAUAAUGCAAUUGUUGAUAUGAGCCUCAAACUUUCAAAAAUUUAUCAAAAGAAAGGAGACAUGGAAAAGGCUGAGGCAGGAUAUAAGUUCUGUGUUGAGAGCCAGGAACAAAAGUGUAAUGCAGCUGGUGUGGUUGGAAGAGACAAUGAUACCUUAUAUUUAUAUGCUAAGAGCUGUGAUGGUUAUGCAAGGCUUCUUCUUACAAGGAAGAAGUAUGCAAUGGCUGAGUCUAUGUUUCGGGCAGCAUAUAGGAUAUGCCUUGAGGCCAAUGGAGAUGGCUCCUCACAGUGUUUAGUCCUACUGAAUGACAUUGGGAUAACUCUAAGUCUCCAGGAAAAACUGGAGGAAGCUCUCAAGGUUUUGGAAGAUGCUGUGAGACUAGCAGAACAAUUGAAAGCUCCUGAACUUGCAUCCUUUCAAGUGAAUCUAGGUGUGCUUUUGAUUCAGAAGGGUCUCAUAAUUGAGGCUGAAAAAAGCUGCAAAGCAGCAUUAGGGCAUGCACAUAAGAAUAAGGAUGAAGAUGCAACACAAGAAGCAGAAGCCUGUCUCAAAAGUAUACAUGAUUUAAAAGCAUCAAACCUGUGA